AUGCCGCCGUGUUACGGCGGUGAAACUAUAAUCGCGGUGUCCCUCUCGCGGUUCAAGCGAAGGCAUAUAAGGUGGGAUGUUGCUGGCUCUGCUUCAUCAGUCCCAAAUACACACGACGAGACCGCCAAGCGAGCAGGUUUAAGGUCGAGCGUCGUCAUGAGGCCACUUGCGAUUCACGUCGCUGCGAUUCUUCUCGUAAUUGGCCUGUGCCAGGCGAGAACUUCCGGCAGGGAUCUGUCCAAAGCGAGCGGGUCACUGGAGGAUAAGUUCGCCACCGAAUCUACCGUUCUUGAAGCCGUUGUUGAAGAAGAAUCGAAGAAAGAAGAUACGAAUGAAGAGGAUCAGCUUCCCAUUCUGCCACCUAUUAUUCUAUUAGACUUUGGAAAUAGCACGGAGGACGAUAACGUUACGUCCGAGGAGAAGUCUAAACGAACCGUGAACAACGGUCUGGGUUACGGGCUGGACAAGAACAGCGUUCAACCUCGAAGAUACAACUAUUAUUUCCCUGCUGGAAAAUCAGGAACCACGGUGAGCAUCGAGGAAUCGAUCAGUCCGUUUUUACCGAAGACGAUAGUCGAGAAGGUUCAACCUACCGAUCAAAGGGGGCAGUAUUUCAGAACCCAACAAAACUCCUAUGUCCCGCAACCAGCUGGUGCCCAAGCUCAAGGUCAAACCCAAACGAACUAUCAGUAUCUGAAUAUCCAUCAGCCGAAAGGUCAGUCGACGUACGGUUUGCGAACAAAGCCACAAACACCGCAGACGAGCUUCGCCACGUACCAAAACACGCUGUCGACUCCAAAACCGUCUGUGAGCCCGUACGGAAUAUCGAAUUCGGGAUACAGGGGUAACGAUGUCCCGACAACUACGCAAUCGCCUUCGGCCUACAGCCCCACAGAGACAGUCAGAUACGUAACUCCAAACCCGGCGAACUUCGCGAGUUCGCAAAGCGGCUCGUUCAACUACGCCAGACCAGACGCUUACACCGGAAACUCGCAGACUUAUGCUGCUCAGAGGCAGAACAUUCAAUCCACUAUCAAUUCCCAUGGCUUCGGCGCCGUUUCUCAAAGUGUCGAGACCUCGACCGUCUCCCCACACAACUAUAAUCCCCGUUACUCAAGCUCCAGCCAGCAGACACAGCUUCCGAACAAUGGUCCCAGGUACACAGUGGAGAACGGGGUUCGCUACGAGAACAAAGUCUUCUGGAAAUACCCCGAUGGUAGAGUGUCGGACGUUCCUCCAGCUACUUACGUGGAAACCUACUCGAGCUACCCGCAAUCAGACCAACCGAACAAAUCCCAGGGUUCGCGUACGAUUUAUGAAGCCAGUACAGCCACGGAAAAUAGCGUGCUUUCCCAGGGACCAGUGCAGUUCCCCGCAGUUUCGGAAGAGAACGUGCAGGAACCGAAUCGAUUCGUCUCCUCGGAAACGUUGCCGUCAAGCCUGCCCCAGCAACAAGUGUACCGAUACGGUUAUCAGAAUAUACUGGGCCAGAGGCAGAAUGUAAAUCAGCCGCAGCAACGGAAGCCCAGCCUGGUGGCAUCCUACUCUUUCUCCUCUUCCGGUAGGGUGCAGUCCGGCGCCAAUGGUCACAAGGUCGCCUACGAAUCACCUUAUCAGACGGCUACAUCGAGGUACAUGGUGAACAGUCCCAAUCCCGAAUACACCGAUGGUUAUACGACCGAACCCACUGUAAACACCACCACUCCCGUCUCUAACUUCUUCUCCUCGUCGACGGAGUCCUAUCCUCGAAAGCACAAUCCGCCCAGCAACGAUUUGAAUAGUUAUUCCAACCUGCAAUAUUCUGACCUGUUGAACUACAAUCCCUCGAUCUCGGAAUACAUCAGGAAUCCGUCGUCCAUUUUAAACGUUCGGCCGACUUUCGUUCAAGCUGGAAACUCCCUAAUACCUGUUAUUAUUUUGAGGGUGGACGGUUCCUCCCCUAUUCAGAACAGAGCCACGCCGAAUAUCAAUUUGAAGGCGUUACUUCAACAGUACCUGAUCCAAUACGCCAAUAGCAUCCAAGAACUGGCCCGUCCAUCCACCUACGAUCUCGGAACUGAGACCAAUGGCAAGGUGCAGAGCCCCGAUCCUGGCAAAAAUCCCGUGCUCGAUCUUAUUCGAUUGACCCAGGAUGACGCGCGUGACCCUCCACACACCUACGAUCCGAACACUUACGUCGGUAGAUCGAAUUACGAAGUGGGCAAUCCGGAGGUGCAGGAAGCGUUCACCGACAGCCAUUACGGUGAACGUUCGUCCGUUCGGCAGAAGGUUAUGAACGUUCAGAUCCUCGAUGAUCCGAGGUAUACGAGUUAUAAGAUUAAAAAUUGA